CCAGCGCGCGAGACGCUACGCCCGUGUUCGGUGCUACGAUGCACGCCGCGUAAUCCCGCGUAGCGUUAUUGGGGACCGUUAUGUUAUUAAUGUUAUAAAUUAAUGUAUGUUAGUUAAAUUUGUUUUUUUUUUUGUUAUAAUCGUGUUUUAGAAUAUUUACAGUUGCGUUCGUUGGCUGUGUAAUUUAUGUCAAUUCGAUAUUAGGAUUGUUAGAUUGCAAGUGAUAAACGUAUUAAUUAAUGUUCAAGAUGAAAAGGAUUUGUCAUCUCAUCUUUCGGUUGCUGUUUUUACUUGACGGCGGAGUGUGGUCACUGCGGAAUCUUUCGAUCUCAGUGCCCAGGGCGGUUCUCGCUGGUGAAGGCCAGUCAGCAGUUCUGGAAUGUUCCUACGACCUGGAAGGAGCUCCGUUAUAUUCCAUACGAUGGUACAAAUCUGAGACAGAGUUUUACAGAUAUGUACCGAGAGAGAUGCCGCCGUCCAUGGUAUUCCCUUUGCCUGGAGCUUCAGUUGAUUUGGCGCAAUCAGACCGCAACCAAGUUCGAAUAGUGAAUAUGAACCGUCGUCUGAGCGGCGACUACCAGUGCGAGGUGUCAGCGGACGCGCCCCUCUUCCACACCGAUAUACGAUCAGCGCCGCUCACUGUUGUUGAUCCGCCGUUCCGAGCCCCGCAUAUUUCAAUUUCGAGAGAUAGUUACGCGCGAGGCGACGUGCUCCGCGCAAAUUGCUCGGUCGACGAGGCGUAUCCAGCACCGAACAUUACCUGGAUUAUUGACGAUCACAAGGUUGCCGAAACAAUAUCGUGGCGUGCUUCGGAUAUAGACUUCAAAGAGCGUGCAGCGUUUAGCCAGCUUGAGAUCACUAUCUUAGAAGCGGAGCACUAUCGGAUGGGUAUCACGUAUACCAGCUCUAACCUGAACAAGGUGUACCACGAUCACUACAUCUACGACAAGGAUAUGAACAAAGAGGACCGGGAAAUAUUAAGGUAUACCGUUGUGCCACCGACGAGUGGCCAGUUCUCGCUGAGCUGUGUUGCGACAAUUUAUGACAUCUAUGCGAGGAAGAGCGAACCCCUGUACAUCAAGGAGGAUGCUCCCCUCCCUGCUUCGGUCACUGGAGAGGAUUCAUCAGGCGUAUCAGCUGUGUGCAACGCUGCGCUGAUCGUCCUCUGCGCCUGCGCAUCUCUCCUGCCCUCGUUAUGAUCGCGCGCGGGUCCGCGCACGCGCCCCGUUUCAAUUAAACUCGCAUAAGAAACUGAAUGUUGUGAUAGACAUUAAUAUAUAGUCAGGAUAUUUGUAUUAAUGUAAGUUAUACUUAUUUCAAUGUUACAAAUUACUUAUAUGUGAAUAUGUAAAUAAAGCCAUUAGUU